GAUUUGAAGAGUUCACUGUGCAUGUUUAAUGAGGGGUUGAAAGAGUAAAUGGGAAAGAAGGAACAAGAAUAGGAGUGAAAAACAUCUGAUAUAGUAUUUGUGAGGGUAAUAUGUGUAGUUGUGAAGGAAACAGCUAGGGAAGUGUGGCGUGAAGCGGAGAAGAUGAUUCUAUAGCAUGAGGUGAAAGAGUUGAUACUAUGUACCACCAUUUUCUUUCUCACAAGGCUCCAUAAACUCAUUCACUACAAAGUUCAUUUUGGCAGUUCAACACUAUAUCAUCUUUACACUUGUUGGCAAAAACAAGGGCCCCAUAACCAAAGGCAUAAGUGCAGUUCUCACGGGACAUGCAAACAAAUUUGAAAACGAUGCAAACGUCAAAAAAUACUGCUGGAAUUUAACAUUUUAUUACAUUCAUCUCCUUUUCCAAAUUGUUUGCCCCAUGAUAACCACUUAGUAAUCAUACAAUUGAUUUUCAAGAUUGAUAACUCAUCAUGUUAAGCUAAUUACUCUGAAAAUCAAUUCCAAAGCUUUUUGUUAUCUGGCCCAGGUAUGAUUGAUUUCUUUCACACAGGAUUUCAAAUGAUAACAAAUGGAGUUCUGGAAAUAUACUACUCGUGGAGUGGUGUUUUUGAGAAUGCUUCACCAAUUGAAUAGUAUCUGAGACAAAAAAAAAACAGGGAAAAAAAUGCAAUUAUUCAAAUUAAAUGGACAGCUAAUUUUAUUUUGAGGCUUCUCUUUAUUUCUGUUCAGGCACCUUCCAAUGAGAAGUUACCUAUUAUGUACCUGAUGGAUUCCAUCGUCAAGAAUGUGAAGAAAGGACCAUACCAACAACUCUUUGCCAGGAACCUAACCAACAACUUUUGUGGGGUGUUUGCCAAGGUCAACGAGAAGACCAGAGCAUCUCUCUUCAAGUUGCGAUCAACGUGGAAUCAGUACUUCGCAAGUGGGAUCCUCCAUGCCCUUGAUGUUCGUGUUCAGAAGAUCGACCCCGCCUGGCCCAUCAUGGCCGCCUCUUCUACUCCUGCUGCUCCAGCUCCAUCUAUCCACAUCAACCCAAAGUUCAUCAAGAAGCCCGCCCCUAUGGAAUCUACGGCAACCCCUACUGCUGUUCAGGCCACACCCACCGUGGUGACCAGCGACCUGUCUGAUAAGGAUCGUCUGGAGCAGGAGAUGCGGCAGAGCUUGAUCUCCAAGCAGCAGGAGCUCCUUCAGAUCCAGCAGCAACGUCUAGAACUCGAGUUGGAGCAGACAAAAGCAAGAUUGGAGUCGCAGGCAAGAGAACUGGCCGCAAAAGAACAAGCCCUUGCAGAGCAACAGGCGCAAAUGUCCAAAAUGGCCGUGACGGGUCAAGCUCCGACUGCACCGCCCAGUGUUGUACCAACGGCAGCAGUUCCUGCCACUCCUGUCAUCACACCACUUUUACAGCAACCGGUAACUGCUCCGACGCCUGCGUCCCUUGUUGGAGGCAUGGGCCUCCUGGGUGAGGCUCCAGCUGCACUGAAGCCCCCUCUGGUUCCUCAAGGCCUCCUAGGUGCUGCUCCACCAUUACCCGGCAUUGCUCCUGGUGCUCAUUCAACAACUCAGGCCCCCACUCCAUUGAUGCCGACUAUCUCUCAGGCUUCUCAUGCUCCUGCUACUGUUUCUAACCUACCUAAUACGGGUCUUGUUCAAUCACAAGCUUCACGGAACACCAUUAACCCACGUGAUCCAAGACUAGCCAGGGAUCCAAGGCUACGUCAGGCGUUUGAACAGCAACAGCAGAGGCAGCAACAUGAACAACUUCUCCUCCUUCAGCAGAAGAAACACCUUCUUCAACAAGAAGAAAUAGCCAACUUAGCCAACCAAACUUCAGCAAGCAUGGGACUCGAUACUGGAGAAUCAGCAGCUGCUUCCCAGUUGACGAGUGGUGCACCUCCCAACUCUGCAUCUCCCAUGGGAGCCCGGCCAACUGUGUCAGAUGUGGCAAGUGCUGCAGCGUCUGUGACACCUGCACCUCCUGCACCUGUCAAGGAGUCACCUACUAAUACCCCUGCUGAUAAUUCCAAGAAAGUCUCCAAAGGCAGUAGCCCCAGCAAGAAAUCUGUUGCAAAAGGGAAGACAGCAAUAAAACCAGGGGUCAAACUUGACCAUUUAGAUCUGUCAGGAAAGAGUAAAACAAAGGAGGAAAGUAAAACGGGAAAGAGCAGCAAGGAAGUUGUAGGGAGGAAAGGAAAGUCGGAAGGAGAUAAAGCUGCAGAAAGGGAUACAGCUAAAAGAGGCCUUCGAUCGUCAUCCAGAAAUUAUCGUAAAACAACAAAUAGUGACAAGGAGGAAAAGAUGAGAUCAGAAUCCCACAGAUCUCGCACCAGGUCUGCUUCGGGUUCUCCUUCCCACUCCGAUUCUCACUCCAGGUCACGCUCACGGUCUCGAUCUCCUCGCUCUGGGCCCAGCUCUCCCAGGUCUGGCGAUAGGAGGGAGCGAGACAGGAGAGGAGGAAAGUCUUCAGAUGGCAAGAGAAAAGAUAGCAAGGAAAAUAAGCUGGAAAGUAAGGAAAAGAGAAAAUCUCCAUCUCCAGACAGAUCUACAGACGAAGAUAAAUUUGCUUCUAAGAAGUAUAGCAAGCAGGAUCAGCUGCCACCCAAAAAGAGGGCCAGGCUGAUCGAAAAGGAGCAGCAAGAAGCUGAACGACAAAGAGAAAGAGAAAGAAGUAGUCGGGCUGUCAGAAGCCGAGGUGAACGUGAACGGGCGGCUGGCUGGAUGCGUACUGAGAACCGAGACUAUGCUCCCAGUCUUCGACCACCCAGGAGACCAAGUCUAUCGAAUCGCGACAUCCAAAUUCCCAAGGAACUGUCCAUGAGCAGGCUGGCAAAGGUGUUAGAACAGGCCGAGAAGCAGCUUAAUUCUGGAGCAUUGACCCAUGAGCAGCACCAGCAACUGCUUAGGGAGCUGAAUGAGAUCUACAAAAUUCAGCGACAGAAACGGGAGGAAGAAGAGAGGCACAACAGACGGCCACCACCACCGGAGUGGGGACCUCGUGAUCAGAGGGAUCCUCGGGACUUGCACGAUCCACGAGACCCUCGCAUGAUGCGAGAUCCCAGGGCCCAGAGAGGUCCAAUGCCUUAUCAUGGUCCACGUCCAAGGGAAGAAUUUGAUCACAGAGAUCCACCAGAUGUCCAUGACGCCCCUCCUUAUAAAGAUUCCAGACCACCUCUGCAACGUAGGGAAUUUAGUGACAGAGACCCAAGAAUCAUGCAAGAUCCAAAAGUUCCCGCCCAGGAAGAUCCUAGACACCGGUCUUUACUUGAAGAUCCUAGGAUGAGGAAAUUUUCUUCAAAUCCUGAUUUAGAUGAAGGAAGCAGAAAGUUGCCACCACAGUUACAAGAUCCCAGGUCAAGAAUCUUGAAAGCAGCAACAGAAGACGACGUUCCUCAGAGCAGUGUGAAUCCUGGAAUGGAUGUAGAUGAGAGGAAACGUACUUUCCGGCAGUACAGAGGUCCUCUUGAUGAAAAGCUUCCCCUGCCCGUAUCUCCUAAGGAUACAGAUGAAAGAGACUUAAAACAAUUUGCAGAGAUGGGUGAUGUUGAUUUACGCAAACCUCCCCCUGGUCAUGAUGGACAGAGCAAAAUGGAUGUUGAUUACAGAGUAUUACCUGCUGCUUUCCAGGAUAAUGUUAAAGAAAAUGUUGAAGGUAUUGGUGACACAGAUGAAAGACAGAGGGUGAAGGCUGGAGAUAGUGAUGAGCGUAAAAUUGCUGAUGAUGCUCAAACAGAGAAAUCAUUAGAAGAUCCAAGCAAGCAAAUGGAAGUAGUUGAAGACAAGCAACCCACACAAGAAAAUGCUCCCUCAGAGGAUAUUAAAACAGAUACCAAGGAUGUUACCAAGCUUCCUCGACGAUCAUCAGCAAAAGCUGAAUGGGAGGCUGCUGCUGUUCGGGUAAAACCAGAAGGAGAUGUAGAUAUGAGGCAAAAUCCUGUUAUCAAGGAAACAAAUAAACAGGCUAGUAAGGAUGAGGAGCCAAAUCCAGCCAACGAUGGCAAAUUAGCCAAAGAUGACGAAUCAGAACAAACAUCUGAACUUACAGGAUUGACUGAAGAUAAAGUGAAAGACAAGGAUGACAGAAGGAAAGAGGAAACACCUACUGAUUCUUUGUUAACAUCAACUAGUGGUGACACUGAUGAGAGGAAAUUCCCUGCCCAGUCAGAAAUCAAAGAGAAUAUCAAUGCUGAUAACAAAAUUGAUGAAAUGGGGUUGCCUUCCGAUGACAUGGAGUUGCCCUCUGUUGAUGUAGAUUUGCGUCAGCCAAUGCCUGUACAAGUAGAAAACAUUCCACCUUUAAUGGACUUUGAACCUGAACCAGGUAUGGCUUUUCAUGAUAAGGAAAGGGCGAUGGACGAUGAUAUUGAACAACAGCCGUUUAUGGGCCCAGGUCCUCCCCGUUCAAGACAUGGCCGGGGUGGCAGGGGUGGUCAAUCAAACAAGUGGCAGACUUGGAAAAAGGAGCACCCAGAUGAAGCCUCUGCUCCCCAUUUUGAUGAUGGCCCAGACCGCUUUGAUCCAAACGACCCUAGACGUCCCCCAAUGCACCGUCCGCGGUUUAGACGAGGUAUGCAUCCGAGGGGUCCAUUUGAAGAUGAUGUGCCGCCUUUUGACCGACGCCAUCCCAGAUUCCGGGAUGCUCCCCAAAUGAUGAUGGAUGAAGAACCACCAAUGGAACCCUGGGGCCACAUGGACAGAGAUAACUUUCCAGAAGAUCAUUUCCGUUUCAGAGAAGGUGAUGGUCCCCGUCCAUUGGAACAACAGGACUUCAUGGACGACAGACGACGGCCUAUGGAGGAGAGGGAAUUUCCACCAGAUGAGGAUGGUAGAGAUCCAGGACUAAUGCGAGAUGUACCAGUCAAUCACCCCAGGGAUCAAGAGGGUUUUGAAAAUCAUCCUCUUGAUGACAUUCCUGCGGAUACUCCUCGGUCUCCAGAACCUGAAAAUCGUUAUCCGCCUAACUAUUGCUUAGGUCCUGAUAAAAGACGGAACACAGAUAAACGACCAGUUCCUCAUGAUGAUAGGGAACCUCGUGCUCCAUUUCCUCGAGAGACACUACCUUUCAAGCCAGGAGAGGGCCCUCCAAUAAGAGGACCAAGACCUGAAGGAGUCAUGCCACGUGGUCCAGAGGGCUUCAACCCAAGAAAUGGUCCAGCUUUUAGGGGACCAAGACCAAAUAUGCCCCGCCCCAUGGGACUAGAUGGGCCACGCCCUAUGGGACCAGAUGGGCCACGCCUUAUGGGACCAGGUAGACCACGCUCCAUGGGACCAGAUGGGCCACGCCUUAUGGGACCAGAUAGACCACACUCCAUGGGACCAGAUGGGCCACGCCGUAUAGGACCAGAUGGACCACGCCCUAUAGGACCAGAUGGACCAAGAUUUAUGCAUGGACCAAGAGGUCCUUCGGACGUGCCCAGAUUUGGAUCCCAAGGAAUGGGACAUAGGAUGCAUCCAGAUGGCCCAAUGCGUGGGCCUGGUAAUCAGUUUCAACCCAGGUCCAAUAGUCCACCUGUUUCUUCUGAUAUGCAGAGACCACCAAUGAGUGGACCCGCUGUUAGUCUUCCAGGUAGCGUUUUGUCAAAUAUAGGCAAUUUAGGCAAUUUCCAGCAGCUUGUGCAGAGUGUUAGCCAGCAGGUGCUAAAUAACAUGAGAAAUCAGCAACAAACACCAGGACAGAUUCCAGCUCAAAGUCUCAUUCGCUCUGCCUUACAAACCAUGGGAGUGAGGGGCAAUGUGCCAAACAAUCUUGUACAAGCUGCUCAAAAUAAUUUGCUUGAUCAGAUGAAGUCAAUGCCAAACGUGAUAAGGAUGAGGAUGAUGAGACCUCAACAAAUGGAGAGAGCACCGACGCCGGAGGGUUCUCUUCCUCCUCAGGGCAUGCCUUAUGCCAGAAUACAAGCACAUCCAUCUAUGUCAAUCGCUGGGAUGCCACCAAACAGUAUGGUACCUGGAAUGCAACAAGGAGCUCAAGGAAUAGGAUCAGCACAGAAUUCCGAUCAGCAAGGAGUUCCCAACCAAGGCACACCUCCACGUGGGAUGCCCAUGCAAGGGAUGUCCCAACAAGGUAUGCAACCAGGAAUGCCCCUGCAAGGUGUGCGGCCAGGAAUGGCACCACAAGGAGUGCGACCAGGAAUGCCUCCCCAAGGGGUGCUGCAACAAGGAGUGCGCCCAGGAAUGCCACAACAGGGGAUGCUGCCACAAGGAGUCCGUCCAGGAAUACCACCCCAAGGUGUGCCUUCCCAAGGAAUGCCUCCCCAAAGGAUCCCACAGCAAGGAAUGCCACCACAAGAAGUUCGUCCAGGAAUGCCGCCACAAGGAAUUCCAUCUCAAGAAAUGUCUCAGGGUAUGCAUCCUGGGAUGAUGCCUGGUCCACAAGGUCCCAUUAGGAUGCAACAAGGAGGUCCAGGUGGCCCAGGAUUUUUACCUCAAGGGAUGCCAGGUGAUGGAAUGGUCAGACAACCUCAACCUGCAGCUCCUGUACUGGACAUCACCUCCCUAUUCUCCAAGCUGGUAUCCUCGGGGAUCCUGAAGGAGCCGCUGAAACCAGCCUCCCCCGCUCCUGAUCAGACUGCUAUCCCUGCAGCUGCCCCUGUAGAGAAGGCCAAAGAGGACGAGACAGUGGCAGAGAAAGACGAUGAAGACUCGCAAGAUGUGGAGGAUGAUGGCAUCUUUGACAUUCCGGAGAUUUCACUCAAAACUGAUGAGCUCAAAGUACGACAUCCUGGAAUCAUCAAGCGUAUGUCCAGUGGGAUGCAGUGCACCUCCUGCGGUCAGCGCUUUGUCAUUGCCCAGAUGGACCGGUACCGCAAGCAUCUGGACUGGCACUUCCGGCAGAACCGCAAGAAGCAGGAUGGCAACAAGGCCACAACCUCCAGGAAGUGGUACUAUGAGGUGGACGAGUGGCUGGACUAUGAAGAGAUCAAUGACAUGGAGGAUGCCCGAAGUACCUUCUUUGAAGAGCAGGCGCAGGAGUUUGCUGACCGAGAAAGAGGCCCUUCUAGCGUGCCUGUUACUACAGAUUCCAGUGAUGAGUUUUGUAAGAUAUGCAGAGAGAGCUUUGAGCAGUUCUUCAACGAGGAGACCGAGGAAUGGCACUUCCGUGAUGCGCUCCGAGUUGAUGGCAAGACCUUCCAUCCGAGCUGCUAUGAUGACGUUAAAGAUUCUUCCGCUUUCCUUGACGCAUCCACAGAUGACCUACUCAGUCCCCCUCUUGUAAGGACCAGGAACUCGUUCAGUGGCACUCCAGUUAGUCCUGGUGCUAGUGGUGCUUCCUCAAAGCCUUUAUUAGUUGCUCCAGGCAAAGUGAGUUGGGAUGCUGUAUUGAAACCAGAUGGCAAAGCAGCAUCCAAAGCUGGUGCUGCUAUCAAAGCUGAGCCAAAGACAGAAGCAAAUCCGGAAGUGAAUCCCGUCAAGGAAGGAAAAUCAAGUGAGGAAGCUUCAAAGGCUUCUGACCCGGUAAGGGUCAAGUUGGAGCCAGAAGAACCGAUGGAAUCCAAACCAUCAGUUGAGGAAGCGAGUGUCAACAGUGGGACUGAAAUCAAGAUCGAACCAUCAUCAAGAACUAUAAAAUCAGAGCCAUGCAUUGGAGAAGCCGAAAAAACAUUACCAGUUAAGCAAGAAACGGGAGUAGAUAGUGCAGUCUCCCAAACAUUAGUAGAAAAGGAACAAUUGAGGCAAGAGCACGUGAAGGCGUCAUUAGCAGAUCCUAGGGGGAAGUCGUCACCAUUGCCAUUCUUGGAGGAAGUUACUCCAGAGCCAAUGGAAACAGAAUCUGCUGUACCGGAUACUGUGCCUGCUGUACCUGAUGCUGUGCCAGCUGUUCCUGAUAUUGUGCCAGCUGCAGCAAUGGAUUCACCAAAGACUGAUACCGUGCCAGCUGCAACUGAUUCACCCAUAACUCCGAUGCCAAUACAGGUUGUAUUGACAACACGCACUGAAUAUACCGAAGGUCCAAGGAUAAUUCCUUCAGACCAUAUGCCAACCGAAGAGCCAGCUGAUAUUGCAAUGGAAGCAGUGGCCAUCACGCCUUCUGGAUCAGGAGAUGCAGCCGUAGCUUCGGAUCCACCGGUUCAGCCCCCUGCAGAUGGCGGGCAUGCCUCUAAAAAGUUGCCCUUGAGCGAAGCUGUGGCCACACUCAGGGGGUCUGAAGAAUGUGCGGACCCCCCUGUACUUGAGGUGGAAGCCCCGCUAUCAAGCACCAGUCAAGGUCAGACAGAAGACACUGCUCAGUCCUCCUCCCAAGGCAUCUUUGAGAAGUUGACGCCUCCGCCCGCGCUCAAGAGCAUGGAAAGUGAAGAUUCCGAACCACAUGCUACUGGAGAGCCCCCUGCAGAGAGUUCUGCCGGUGGUGGGGAUGCUAAUCAAGAUGUUGGAGAAAAUAAAGAAAGCAGUACAUGAAUAUGAAAUAACUCUUUUUGUGAUGUCAAUGUUUUAAGAUGUAAAAGAAAAUAUAUGAAUGUUCGUCCCUUAUCAUGAAUUGGCCAUUUUUCACAUGAUUUGAUCAAAAUUUUGCACUCAACAUUGCCAAAUUAGAUAGGUAGCUUUAUAUAUCUAGUGGUUUAGAUUACGGUGGGUUAUAAAUGAACAGUGCAAUGUUGUACACAAAUGAGGAAAUUCAUUUUGGAAGAAGUUAACAAGAAUUUAAAUGUAAUUAGCAGGGAUGAUGAAAUUGUAAUUCUAUAUAUUUUCAUUUUGAAGUUGGAGGUCUGUAUUUAAAAAUGACACUUUUUUUUCUCAAGAUAACACAUAUCACCGUAUGUGUAUUGCUUUGCUGAUGGCUUUUUGACUGAUUGGUAGGAAAAAUAUAUACAUGUAUGAAGGUUUGUAGAUUCAAUUCAAUUCAAUUCAAUUUAUUUACACUCUCAAUAAAAACAUGAAAAACAUACAUAAGGUACAUAAGUAAAACAUUGUGACAACAUACAAAAAACAUAUUUAUGAGAAUGAGGGGCCAACAAAAAAGAGCAGAUAGCCUUAUUGAGCGUUGACCCAACAACUAUAAGACAAAAUCAAUAAAUAUUACCAAAAAAAAGAUAACAUAAAUGAAAACAUAUAUUAACACAUACAUUCAAAAUAUAUAGCGUAGUUAUACAAGCAAAUUAAGAAUACCAACUUAAAAGAUGUAAUUUGUAAUAACGUUUGAAAGAAUUGAGGGUUCGGCAUAUUUUAAUAGAAUUAAUUAUCAUAGGUUGUUUCAUUGGAUAACCCUUUUUAUCGGAUCGGUUGGUUUAGGCAAGUCAGUGAUUGAAGGGAAAGUCAAAAUGAAAACAUUGUGAGCUGUUACAUUCCUUUCAUGCCCCUAUAAAGAAGAAUAUUAUAGUACAAUCGUCCUCUGCAGCAGUAUGCUCUCAUGUUCAACUGUGACCAAAAUAGCUGAAAAGUUUGCUGAACAUUCAUGUGUAGUCCUAUACGCGCAUUUCUGUGCGCAGAGUGUGUGACUGAGUAGAAUUGAGUUGAUAUCUUAUAGAUGUUAUGAUUCCAAAUUUUAACACUACGACAUAAACUCACAUAAACACUGUUUUAAUAUAGUCAACCUUUCCCAAGUAGCUUCUUCAAUCCCAGUUCUUGAACCGAAAUGUAGUUUCAGGAUUGCAACCUGUUUUUUUGCAAAUCUGUCUCCGCCCUUGCAAAUUAGUUCAUGAAUGUUCAUUGCAGGUGAUUUUUAGCUGGACAAUGAAAUUUAUUUGGACAUCCCUGUAGACAAGGAAUAGUUUUCUCAUGAUAGUCCAAUUGUCCAUGCUCUAACUUAAAAAUAGUAACUCGUUCUGAUUGUUUCUUUUUGCUGAGAUCACUAUUUGAGAUCAAUGUAUAUUAUUCAUAUUAAUUACAUAAUUGUAAUUUCUUUUUUUAAAUACAAGUUUACGUAUGUUUCUUUUAUGUUGAUGCUUCGGGAUAAAAAAAAGACAUUAAUAAAAAAAAUAUAUACAAAAAUAAAAUUUAAAAAAAGGGAAAAUUGUGAGGUGAAGUCCUUAUAUAUGUUUUGUUCUCAUACUCUUUGUGUAUGUCAUUUUAAAGGAAUUUUUUACAGAAUCUUUACUUGUUUUACUACAUUUCAUUUCAUUUCUUAAUUUUUUCUUCAUAUUUUCAGGUCAUUAAAAAUGCUUCUUUUAUUGGACAUACCUAUCAUCAUUGAUAUAAAAAUACCCUAGUUAUUGUCUUGUCCAUCUAAAAUUUUUGAAAUCAUUCAAGUGCUUUUUGUUUGAUUAUUAGAAAGAUUAGAACAGCUACAGUUUAUGACCUGAUAUGUACCAGGGUCCUUGUCAUGGAGACUAAAUACACAUGAAAUUAUUUUUAUGACUCGUUUAUGCACUUUGGUUUUAUGAAAAUAAUAUUCAGAACUUGCACACAUUUGUAUUUGACAUGUAUUCAGAGUUUGUGGGUAGUUUAAUUUUGUUAAGAUCAGAGAUUCCUUGUCGUUAGGCCUUGGCAAUAUUGGCAAUAUAUUGUCAGGCCAUAUUCGGCUUGGUUUCUUGUGUAGUAUAUGAUCGAAUUUGGAUCGUUUUCAGUCCUUCAGAUCAAUUAUAUUUGGCAUCAAUAGAAUAUGAUUAAUAUGAGAGAAUAUAAGAGUGAAAGUUUUGUGAUUGAUCUGAAAUUCUAAAUCUACCGAGUGUCUUCUUGAAACUGGGCCCCAGAUAAAAAUUAUCUUCUGAAUUUGUAUAUUUUGAGUGCUUUAUUUCGAUUUAUUUCAUUGACUGGGGCCCAGUUACAUAAAUGGAUACCAUUAAUGAUUACAAUUUACCUCAUACACAUGAUUUAUCAUGUAGGCCCUACUUACGUUUACAUCGAUAUAUAUUACACGUAUUGAUAGUUAUCAAUAUGUUCUCAUGCUGCGUGUGUUUCCGCUGCUAAAAUAUGACAAUGUAUGUUUCAUUUCCUUUCAUUUUGUUGUAAACAAUAUUGUAUUGGAAUCAGUGAGAAAUGAACACUCAGAUAUAUUUUUUUCAUGUAUCUUGAAUAAUUUUGAAAUCUUAUAUGCACUUUUUUUCAUUCUUCAUGUUUUAUUUUUUUUGUCUUUUCAUAACUCAUUUUGUGUCUUUACUUGUUAGGCUUUUUUUUAUUUUUUUAAAUUUGUUUUUAUUUUGUCUCAAUUCAUAAAGCUUUAGCAUAAACAUAUUCAUCAGAAACAUAUGCUAUAUUGUCAAUAUGAAUAUUGAUUUAACAAAAAAUACUGUAUUUGCUAUGAUUAUUGUAAUCAUUUUACAAACUUUGAUUGUACGAGACAGGGAUGAGUUAAUGGGUAUAACUGUUAAUCAAAGACUGAAUGAAUGCUUACUGUGAAAUAGGUAGCACUUGUUGGGUUUGCUACCUUGUGUAUGAGUGUAAAUACUUAUUAUUAACACAACAAUAAAUCCUGGAAAACAUUUGAAA